AUGACCUUCCCAGAUUCUGGUUCCCUCAAGGCCCACAAGCAGAAACACAAAACUGGGAGAUGGUCGAAUUCAGGGCCAGGGACUCCAUACUCCCGCACUCAGUGCGGUAAGACCUUCACCCAGGCCUGCAACAUCAAGGUCCAAGCCGAGGGACGCCACCUCUGCAGCCAGUGUGGCAAGGGCUUCACCACCUCCUCUGACCUGAAGAGGCACACAUGCAGCCAGACUGCAGACAAGCCCUACUGCUGCUCUCUCUGCGGGAACAAGUUUAGUCGGCUCUGGAACCUCAAGCUGCACCGACGCAUUCACACACAGGAGAAACCCCACCGCUGUACCAUGUGUGACAAGAGCUUCACACGGGCGGACAUUUUGAAAGUCCACAAGCGCACCCACACCGGGGAGAGACCGUACUGCUGCGCUGUAUGUGGACUCCGCUUCAAACAACUGAACCAUCUGAAGUCACACCAGCACAAACACAGGCCGGAUCUCCUGAGCAGAGUGGUGGUUUAG